GGAAGAGUUCCAAGUGAGGAACGCGCGGAAGAGCGUAAGAAGUGGAUCAGAGGUGACAGUAAAGCUAAAGCACUGAUUGGUCUCUCCCUAUCAGAUGAGCAUCUUGAGCAUGUACGUGAUGUUGAUACUGCUCAUGAGAUGUGGGAAGCUAUUGUCAACGUGUUUGAGAGGCACACUUUGCUGAACAAACUAGCUGCACGUCGUGAGUUCUACACUGUGAAGAUGCUUUCCGGUGAAAAGGUGCUUGCAUACAUCAAUCGUGUCAAGCAGCUGGCAGCCAUCCUCAAGUCAAUGAGCGUAAACAUCGAUGACAAGGAGAUGGCCAUGGCAGUGCUCAACGGUCUGCCUGCCCGUUUCGAGGCUCUCAUCGUUGCACUUGAUGCUCUCGGUAAUGAGGAAAAGAUAUUCAGUUUGGACUUUGUGAAAAGUCGUCUGCUGCAGGAAGAGCAACGAGCAAACAUGAAGUCUAGCUCCUCACAGACAUCGGCUCUGGUUAAUCGUGCCCCGAACAAUCGGGACAUAAACGAUUACAAAUGCACGAACUGCGAUUCAGCUUGUACAGCUCAUAUUACAUAUGACCGAUCUUUGUUUGCGACGUAUGAGCCACUUGAAUCCGCCUCUGUUCAGAUGGGAACCAAGGCUAGUGCAAAGGUUGCGGGCCGUGGUGACGUUCACUUGAAGUUAAAUGUGAAUGGCCGCAUCGAACCGUGCAAGUUGACGGAUGUAUUGCACGUUCCGGACUUUGCGUUCUCUCUGCUCUCUGUCAGUCGAAUGACUGAACUUGGACUAAAAGUUGGGUUCGAAAAUGGAAAAUGCAUGAUCAGACGAGGCUCAACUGUAGUGGCGACUGCGACAUUGGUUGGAGAACUUUACGUUCUCGACAUCGUCAGUGACAUCGGAUCUGCACAUGCUGCCACCCUGCAAACGUGGCAUGAGCGCUUUGCACAUGUGCAUUCUCAAGUCAAACUACUUGGUAAUGAGGCUAACAAAAUCAACAAUACUGACAAUGAUUGCAUCUCUGAAAAAUGUUCUGCGUGCGUCUACGGCAAAGCCACUCGAUCUGUGAUCCCAAAAGAGCGGUCCUCGAGGCGGGCAUACUUCUGUCUAGACUUAGUUCACUCUGAUGUUUGUGGCCCCUUAGAGGUGCAGUCCAUUGGUGGUGCCAAGUACUUCAUUACCUUCAUAGAUGAUCACUCAAACUGGUCGGUAGUGUACCCUAUACACCAUAAAUCAGAAGCAUUUGAACGAUACAAAAUGUUUGCACAACUUGCUCAGACUCACACUGGUCGCAAGAUCAAAGUGCUUCGCACCGAUCGAGGUGGUGAGUAUCUGUCCACGGAGUUUAAGUCUUUUCUGAUUGCAAAUGGUACUCAGCAUCAAAUGACGACCGCGUACACUCCGGAGCAAAAUGGCGUCGCCGAACGACUGAACAGAACUUUGGUAAACUUGGUGCGCUCCAUGCUAGCGCACAAGAAAGUUACAAAGGGGUUCUGGGCAGAAGCACUUGCCAAUGCAGUGUACGUUCGAAAUCGAGUCACGUCACGUGCCAUUCCCCCCAAGAUGACCCCAUACCACUUAUGGAUGAAAUCUGUGCCAAAUGUUGGUCAUUUGCGUGUUUUCGGUUCAAAGUGUUGGUAUACAUUACCAAAACACAACAUCCAGAAACUUGACGCCCGUGCAAAGGAGGCAAUGUUUCUGGGGUAUGCUGAAAAUACGAAAGCUUACAAGUUGUGGGAUGGUGAUUUACACAAAGUGAUCGUAUCCAGAGAUGUUACUUUUGACGAGUCCACGGGAGGCAAAUCUGGUGAACCGAUGGAUACAAACGAGGAGGAAGAAACUAUUGAUCCGCCAACUAAUCUCCGUCGGUCCACUCGCAUUCGCAAAACGCCUGGGGCGUGGCAAUACUGCAAAUCUAUUGGGUGUCGGUUCGAAUGCUGCAAUUCUAUUGGUCUGUUAUUGUCCACUUAUAUGCAGUCAUGCUGGUGA